AUGCAAAGACAAAGGGGGAAAAGAAGGGAGGCGAGCGAUGCCAGAAUUCUGGAAGAGAGAGAAGCUGCCCAUGCAGCUCGCCAAACACAAACUCCCACCCCACCAACGUCAGAUUGUUCUUCAGAUGGCGAAAGCACGACGACGACAAACACAGCAACACCAGAGACUGAGAAGCUCAUGCAAGCGUACCACAACAGCUCGACGGCCGAGAAGAAAAACGAAUCUCUCUCCGACAUCUUGUAUGCUGCCGCGGACGAACUGUUUGCAGACAAGAACUCUUCCACGACCGACUGGAGACUCCAACGUGUCAUUCAAGCCGUCACCGGUGCACUUGAAGACCUGAACACAUUCACCACCGAGCCGAAGACAGGCCGCCAUCUGAAUCGGCGGUUCCAGUCCAGAACCGAAGGAAGCGUGCUGCCUACUCAUGACCAUAUCCAGUCCAAAGCAGUUGACAGAGUUCUGCAUAUUCCACUCCUCCGCCGUUUGAGUCAAUACCAAAAAUGGAGCGGCAAACCCUCCUCGUGGCAAUUGUGGUAUCAAGGGCUCAACAGGGCGUACCAUGACGAUUUCAGGACGGGCCUUGAUCCCGCCAAUGCCGACCAUGCUUCGCGGGCGUGGAACACAAUCUUGGACAAGCUGCCGGAGCAGGUGACGGUGAAGCUGUUGAACGAAGGCGUCUUGGUCCCGGAGCGGCCGGAUCCGCACCAGCUGUUGGUUCAUCUGAACAGGUUUAUCAGUUCGGAGUACCUCUAG